AAAUGGCGCUCGCGAUCAACCAAAUCUGCAAGUGAGACGGAUGCGCUGCAUAACGGGCUGUAUGCAUCCCGGCUCAACUCCAUGUCUGGCCCGCGACCGAGAUAUGAAAAACCCAGACACGAUCUUCCAGCCAUUCAGCAAGUAUGGACGCCGUACUUGUCCGAGUCUGAUCAUGUCUUCUCACUGCAACACCCCACUGAGCCCGUUUCUCCAGCCGCUGUUGCGAUGACGCUGCCAAGAUCCCAACAGUCAAGUGAAAGCAUCGUGGUCUCGCCUAGCUCAAAGAGCCAUCGCUUGGUCAAUGUUCCCGAAAUUCCUUCGCCUGAGAGCCUUGCCCAAUCAUUUCCAAAAACAGGACCUCCGACAACGCCACUGCUUUCACCCAGACUCUUGUAUAUGAGGGCUAAAAAAGAAAUCGAGUCUAAGAUCAAGCAAAAGCACCAUGAUGACUCGUAUAUCCAUCAGCCCACAGCCAUUGGUAUUCAUCGCCAGACGCGAGCAACGGUUGAAGGCACCAAGAAAUUUCUCGCUGCUCAAAACAUCAGCAGGUCAGGAACGUGGUUCAAAGAUGAGCUUCACACAUCCAGGAUUGGCCGCAAGCUUUUUGGCAGAGCACCGUGGCAUCGAAAGGAAUCUGCCGAGUCAUUAACCAGCGUUUCCAGCUCCAUACGAUCGGUGCUCAAGGGCAAGACGCCACCUGCGACUCCUGCAAACCAUGGCUUAAGUUAUACAACUAACCCUAGUUUUUUUUUCCCCCCUUCUCAACGUUAUCCCAGACUUGAGGCCGUUCGGGUGAGCACACCACCAAUGGACGAAGAUACGGCAGAUGGCAAGCCACGCGCUUUCUUCACAUCUUUGACGCCCCCUAUGCCAGAUGGCGAGGCCAACACAAAAACAGCGCCGGCGUCAGUACGCUCUACGAAACGCUACGGUGUUCAUAGUAGUAGUAGCAUGGCACCUCAACCUCGUGAGUGGUGGGAGCAGAUACCUCAGCGCGGAUGUCGCCGCGACCUCCUCGACGCCAACAGUGGCUCUACCGGUAGAUUUGAAUUCGAUGUCCCGGAACAUUUGCCUAGGAGUCCAAUGUGCCCGGCCAAUAAACGUCACAAAAGCGGCGGCGCAGGCGUGUGUGUAUAUCAUGGCCGGAGGAGGGCUGGGUCUAUUCUCGAGAUAAGAUGA